ACCGCACCUCCCUCCCCUCCUCCCUCCUCGCCGGACUCAGGCCCUUGUCUCCCUCCUUUUUCCUGCCUGGCCAGCCUCCCCCCCCCCGGCUCGCCCGUCCCCUCUCUCACUCUCUCCCGGCCGGAAUAUACAUAUAUAUUUUCUCGUCCGCCCGCUCCCCCACCCUCCGAACGCCAUGGCUCUUCGCAACAAGGCCCUUCCCUGCGAUGACCUCUCCUCCACGCCGACACUGAACGCCCAGCGCAAAGUGGAGGAGGAAAUUCUGUCGAACUACCAGGCCUUCCUGCAGCAGCACGGGAGCUCGGCCGAGGCGGGCUCCGGCGAUGGAGCCCCCAUCCCGGCGCCCACGUUCGAUGUGUCGAACAUGAAGGCCUUCUUGCGAAACUCCAUGUUCCGGCCGAUGAGCUCGGCCUUCUCCUCGCUCGAUGGCAGCCGUGCGUGGAUUACAUUUUGGUGCACCCAAGCCGGUGCCUUGGCCAACAUCACGAACUUCGAUGCGCGCAGCAUCAUGGACUUCCUGCGACUGAGCCAACACCCGGAUGGCGGGUUCGGCGGGGGCCCGGGUCUGCUGGCGCACUUGGCCCCGACCUACGCCGCGGUGGCCACCCUGGUGAACUUGAACCGCGAGGGUGUUUUCGAAGAUGACGAGCCACUGCGCCUCAUUGACCGCGAGUCUCUUUACCGGUGGCUGAUGUCGCUCAAGACGCCGGAAGGCUCGUUCGCCGUGCACCACGAUGGCGAAUGCGAUGUCCGCGGAAGCUACCUGGCCCUGUCUGUGGCACAGAUGACCAACAUUUUGACGCCGGAGCUGCUUGAGGGCGCAGUCGAUUGGAUCGCCCAAUGCCAGACGUAUGAGGGCGGCCUGGCCGGGCGGCCGGGCCUCGAGGCGCAUGGCGGCUACACGUACUGCGGCGUUGCGGCGUUGGCCUGCGUCGGAGCGAUCGGCGCCCUGGACAUCGAUGCGCUGACCUACUGGGCCCUUCAACGGCAGAUGUCUCUCGAGGGGGGUUUCCAGGGCCGGACCAACAAGCUAGUUGACAGCUGCUAUUCCUUCUGGUGUGGCGCCGUGCUGGCCCUCCUUUCCGGGACCACGCGGUCGGUGAUGGCUGCCGAGACCUCCGCCAGCCUGGCCUCACACAUGGACCCGAUCCUUUUCGACCGGGCCUCCUUGCUGGACUACCUCUUUGUUCAGUGCUACGACGCAAGUGGAGGUGGGUUUAAGGACAAGCCCUCCAGUCGCCUGGAUGCGUACCACACCUGCUACUCGCUCAGUGGCGUCAGUGUGGCCCAUUCGGUGGAUGAUCUGCCCUCACAGUCUGGACUCGAGCGGCCCCUUGCCUUCGAUCCGGUGAAAGUGCCCCCCUUCCUUCAGCAUGUCACGGGCGAUGGCGCUGGCACCGGCGCCACGCCCUUCAAGUAUCCCGUCAUCUAUCGCGGCCGGUCGCGCGAUCUGGCUCUGCUUUCUUCGACGAACGCCAUCUUCAACAUCGAGCGGAACCAGUGCCGGAAGGGGCUGGAAUUUUUCCGCUCCCUCGGAAAUCCCAUGAUGUGAUUUGAACAGCUGACCGGUCGUUCAUUCCAAGGGCUUUGGAAUGCUUUCUCUGGCAUCUCAACCCUCGCGGUUGGCGGCGGUGACUUCCAGAGUCUAGGGUUGCUGGGGGGGGAGCGGACUUUUCUCCCUCGUUCUUCCUGUUCCCUUGUCUUGCUACUCCCCUCUCUCUCGCUCUGCCAGAUGCAUGUUGGCCAGCACGAAAAGGCCGGGCUGCAGCCAUCGCCAGUAAUCCACGCGGCGAAGCUACAUACACACAUCCAUCCAAGUA